CUGAAAUCCCACAACUCACAGCCCGCUGUAUUCUGGGAAGUGCUUCUACCUGAGAAGGAUCUCAGCCAGAAAGGAGCAACAUCAGAGCCUGAAAUUUUUUUUAAUUGAAAUCGAGGUUCUUUUUCUCAGAGGGAGGACAGCAAGUGAGAAGAUUGAUGGAGGGGUUCUCUGUGCUUCUCUGCAACCACUGGCAGGGGCUUCUGCUCACAGCCUCCCUUUUCUCCUUCUGGCAUCUCCCCACUACUGCUCAAGUGUCCACUGAAUCAGUGCCACCCCUAGUGGCUGAAGGUGAUAAUGUCCUUAUCCUUGUCAACAAUCUGCCAGAGAAUCUUUUAGCCUUAGCCUGGUUCAAAGGACUAACAAAUAUGAAGCAAGGAAUUGCAUUAUAUGCACUGCACAAAAAUGUAAGUGUUACAGGGCCUGUGCACAGUGGCAGAGAGACAAUAUAUCACAAUGGAUCCUUGUUGAUUGAAAAACUCACCCAGAAGGACACAGGAUUCUACACCUUUCGAGCCUAUAAUAGACGUGGAAGAAUUGUAUCAAGCACAUCCACCUACCUCCAUGUGCAAGCCUACCUUUUAACCUGUUGGCACCUGCCCACCACUGUCCAAGUCAUUGUUGAUUUAGUGCCACCCCAUGUUGUUGAAGGAGAAGAUGUCCUUCUUCGUGUCCGCAAUCUCCCGGAAGAUCUUGUAGCCUUUGUCUGGCACAAAGGGGCGACAAAGAUGGACCUCGGAAUUGUACUUUAUUCACUGACCACUAAUUUAAAAAUCACAGGGCCUGGACAUAGUGGUAGAGAGAUUGUGUACAGAAAUGGAUCUCUGCACCUCCAAAAUGUCACCCAGAAGGACACAGGAUUCUACACGCUACGAUCCUUAAAUAGGCAUAAAGGAAUUGUAUCAACAACAUCUAUAUACCUGCAUGUAUACUCCUUCCUUUGGACCUGUGGACCCCUUUCCACCUCUGCCCAAGUCACUAUUGAAUCAGUGCCCCCCAUAAUUGCUGAAGGGGGAAGUGUUCUUCUACUCAUUCACAAUCUCCCAGAGAAUAUUCGAUCCCUUUUCUGGUACAAGGGGAUGAUUGUGUCCAAUGAUCUUGAAGUUGCAAGACACAUAAUAACCAUGAAUUCAAGUGUGCUGGGCCCUGCACACAGUGGUCGAGAGACAGUGUACAGCAAUGGAUCCCUUCUGCUCCACAAUGUCACCUGGAAGGAUGCUGGAUUAUAUACCCUACGAACUCUAAGUACAGAUAUGAAAACAGAAUUAGCACAUGUGCAACUGCAGGUGAACACCUCCCUUUCUCCUUGCUGUAACCCUCUCACCUCUUCCAAACUCAUGAUCCAAACAAUACCUCCCUAUGCUGCUGAAGGGGAAAGCAAUCUUCUCCAAGUUCAUAAUCUUCCAGAAGAACUGCAAGCUUUUACCUGGUACAAAUUGACGUCUAGGACCCAGGUCCUUAAAGUUGUAGAAUACAGCAGAACCACUAAUUACACCACCUGGGGGAGCGAACACAGCAGAAGAGAGAUGGUGUACACCAAUGGAUCCCUGAUGCUCCAGAAUGUCACUGAGAAAGAUGCAGGAUUGUACACACUAGAAAUUUUAAAUAGAGAUUUCAAAAUCGAAAAAGUAGAUGCGAAACUUCAUGUGAGCAAGCCUGUGACACAGCCCUUCAUUCGAGUUACCAACACCACAGUUACAGUAGAGAGCUCUGUGUUCCUCACCUGCCUCUCAACUGACACUGGGAUCUUCAUCCGUUGGAUCUUCAAUAAUCAGAGUCUCCAGCUGACAGAGAGGAUGACACUGUCCCCAACAAAGUGUGGACUCAGCAUAGAUCCUGUCAGGAGGGAGGAUGCUGGAGAGUAUCAGUGUGAGGUCUCCAACCCAGUCAGUUCGAAGACAAGUCUUCCAGUCACCCUAUCUGGGUACAACCCCUGGAACAGGCUCCUAUUCACAGCUUCCCUUUUAACCUGCUGGCACCUGUACAACACUGUCAAAAUCACAAUUGACUCAGAGCCACUCCAAGUGGUUGAAGGAGAAAGCGUCCUUCUACAGGUCAACAAUCUGCCACAGAAUCUUCGAAAUUUUGCCUGGUUCAAAGGGGUGACAAAUAUAAACUUCAGAAUUGCAUUAUAUUCACUGACCAGUAAUCUAUGUGUGAUGGGGCCUGAAAAUAGUGGUAGAGAAGCUGUGUACAGCAAUGGAUCCCUGUUUCUCAAAAAUGUCUCCCAGAAGGACACAGGAUUUUAUAUACUACGAACAGUAAUUGGAGGUGGAAAAAUUGUAUCUACAACCAAAUAACUCCACGUGUAUGCCUCCCUUUUCACCUGUGGGCACCCUCCACCCUCUUCCAAGCCCACUAUUGAAUUAGUGCCACCCCGUGUUGCUGAAGGGGCAAGUGUACUUCUACUUGUUCACAAUCUUCCAGAGAAUAUUAAAUAUCUUUUCUGGUACAGAGGGGUGUUUGCGGUGAAGAGAUUUGAGAUUGCCAGACAUAUAAGAGAACUAGAUUCAAGUGUGCAGGGGCCUACACAUAGUGCUAGAGAGUUAUUGUUCAGAAAUGGAUCCCUGCUGCUCCACAACGUCAUUUGGAAUGACACUGGAUUCUACACCCUACGGCUUCUGACUACAGAUCUAAAAGCAGAAAUAGCACAUGUGAAACUCCAGGUGGACACCUCCAAUUCUAAAUGUAAUCCUUCUGCCUCUGCCCAAGUAAAAAUCGAAGCAGUGCCUUCGUAUGCUGCUGAAGGGGAAAGCGUUCUUCUCCUAGUUCAUAAUCUGCCAGAAGAUCUUCAAAUGUUUUGCUGGUACAAAUCAGAAUAUAGAUCAGACAUCUUUAAAAUUGCAGAAUACAAGAGAGCCACAAAUUCCACCAUCUUGGGACUUGCCCACAGCCAAAGAGAAAUGGUGUACACCAACGGAUCCUUGCUUAUCCACAACAUCACUGAGGAAGAUGCAGGACUGUACAUGCUAGAAAUUUUAAACAGAGACUACACAUUUGAAGAUACACAUGUGCAACUCCAUGUGAACAAGCCUGUGACACAGCCAAUCAUUCGAGUCGUCAACACCACAGUCACAGUACAGACCUCUGUGGUCUUCACUUGCUUCUCAGCCGACCCUGGAAUCUCCAUUCACUGGAUCUUCAAUAACCAGAGUCUGCAACUCACAGAGAGGAUGAAGCUUUCCCCAAAAAAGUGCCAACUCAGCAUAGAUCCUGUCACGGGGGAGGAUGCUGGAAAAUAUCAGUGUGAAGUCUCCAAUCAAGUCAGUUCAAAAAUCAGUCUCCCAGUCACGCUGGAUGUGAUGGAUAAGUGACCUCUCCUCUCAUCCUACAGUACAAUGCCAGUGUCUAUUUACUAAUGGGGGUACAAAACAGAGGAAAGUUAAGAAGUAAAAAUUGUCAGCUAUCACUUGGAUACAGCCAUUAUGGUGACUUACAUCUAUAAUCCCAGCAUAAAUGUGCACAUGGAAAAGCCAGGGUUUAAAGUGAGACUUGGC